AUGGCGUUGAAGAGUCCCAGCGGAAAUAGUACCGAGUGCCACUACUGGGAUUACUCCUUUCAUUGGACUGACCUCCACUCCUCCGCGGAUGACCUCAAGCCGCUGAUAUACACCUGCGACUCCCUGGCUGACGAAUGUGUGGAUGGCUUGAAUAAAAUUCCCUCCGAUGAUGGCGCCGAUAAACGGCCUUUCAAGGAUCUUUAUGGCUUAUUGCGGGACCAUGCCGGGGAGGAUCCAAAGCUCAACGGGCUCUGGACUGAAAUCAAUACAGUUCCAGAAUGGGUGGAUUGGGAUCAAAUCAAACGGGCCCAGGAUGUUUUCUUCCGAUAUGGUCUUCCGAUUCUCAAUGCCCUCAACUUUGAAAGCUUACUUGGUGGAAUGGGAGCAAUGCGAGUUGUCGAAACCCUUUCACGAACAGGUGGCUUCGGAGCUAAGGUGGUACGCCGACGAUUACUCGAGACGCUUCAGCAUAUACUUCAGGUUAACAACUCAGUGGAAGGCAUGAAGCCAGGCGGAGAUGGCCACAUCUCGUGUGUUCGUGUCCGACUACUUCAUUGCUCUGUCCGCAAGAGGAUCCUAAGUCUGGUAGACCAAAAACCUGAAUACUACGAUGUCAAUAAAUACGGAACACCGGUUAAUGAUCUAGACUGCAUUGGCACAAUCAACACAUUCUGCAGCUCUGUGGUAUGGAUCGGUCUUCCACGACAAGGUAUCUACCUCAGUCAGCAAGAGACCGAGGACUAUAUCGCGUUAUGGAGACUAGUCGCAUACUAUAUGGGCACCCCGACGGAUCCCUUUGAAAGUACAGCGAAUGCUCGUGCUAUGAUGGAGUCCCUUCUAGUUUCCGAGAUCGAUCCUACUGAGACCGGAAAGAUCCUGGCUAAGAAUAUCAUUAUUGGUCUGGAGAAUACAGCGCCUUCUUUCGCAUCCAAGGAAUUCAUGGAGGCGAUGAGUCGACUACUCAAUGGAGAUCAACUGGCGGACGAGCUUGAUAUCCCUCGGCCUACUCUAUACUAUCAGGUGUUGAUCUGGGGAUAUUGCUUCUGGGUUAUGACCGUUUCAUAUAUUGUACCGAAGAUAUAUUUCCUCGACAGGAUUAUGAUUUCGCUCCGCCGAAAGCGCUUUUACAAGCUGAUCCUCGAUGAGAAGACAGGACUGGGGGAGGAGUCGCGGUUUGAGUUCAAAUAUUUGCCUACUCUCACUCGCACCACCCGCCUGGGCCAGCGACGAAGAACGAAAUUUGAAAGACCCGGGAUUGAAAGUCUGGCGCAUUUAGGUCUUCUGGGAGCUUUUACUGUAGUAGCCACUUUAGGUAUGGGAUUUGUCUUUGCGGUGAGGAUGGUUCCUUCACAGCUUUUCAUGAUUGGAGCUUGA